AUUCUUCCUUAGUUUCCCUAAGAACUUCAGAUCUAUUAACAGGAAUUAUCAUCCAUCCUUGUUACUGGCGCCAAAAAUGUAGUUGUCAUAAAUCUGACAAUUACAUUCCACUAUCACUAAAUGAGAAUUUAGGAGGCAUCAUAGGACGCACAAUGCAUGAGCAGCCGAAUGUAAAUUAAGACGCACUAUGCAUGAGCAGCUGAAUUUUAGUUAACGAAUUAUGCAUUAACAGCCGAAUUUAAGUUAAGGCGCACUAUGCAUGAGAAGCCGAAUUUAAAUAAACACGCACUACGCAUGACCAACUAAAUAUGCGGAUGAACUAUUGACACAGCUACAAACAUCAUGCUGGAGCUGCCUGGAGGGUCGACCAUGUAUUUAAAUUACUAUGCAAUACAUGGGACAGUAGAUUUUUAAUUAGUUCUGUCAUCAUAUUUAUUUAUGCAACAGCAUUUGUAUGUGCAGACCAAAAGUUAUCAACGUUCUGCUCUAGUAGUGAUUCCACAAAGCAGAAUUUGAAGGACAUGAAAAUUAAUCUAGUAAAGAAAGAAAUGGAGUACUCAGAAAUAGGAGAAAUUAGGUCCUCAUUCAUGGAUGAUGGUGAAGAUGACGAGUAUCUGGAACCAUCCUCACCAACCGGUGAAUAUUACAGCAGUUCUUCGCUCUCCGUGAGCAUUCUUGGAGUUCUGGAAUUUGAAAUUCCAAUUGAUGACUCUCCAACUAAGUCGUUGCUUAAGAAUGUCUUCAUUCCCAUCCACCGACGUUUCUCUUCCCUCUUGGUUACAGGAAAAAAUGGAGAGAAACACUGGAAGAAAGUUACAGUUAAUCUCGACGACCACAUCAAGGUUCCAUUGCUUGAAGAAGGGCUACCGGUGGAAUACUACGAUGAAUACUUCAAUGAAUAUUUAUCAAAGAUGGCUAUGGAGCGACUACCACAGAGUAGACCGUUAUGGGAGAUUCACCUAUUCAAGUACCCUACAAGUAAUGCCGCUGGGAUAAUUGUGUUUAAACUUCAUCAUGCCCUAGGUGAUGGAUAUUCACUCAUGGGUGCUCUCUUUAGCUGUUUACAAAGAUCAGAUAAUCCUUCUCUUCCUUUAAGUUUUCCAAAGAUUCGACCGGAUGAUCACAUGAAUAAGAAAACAAAGAAUGUUUUAGAAAUUUUGUCCUUGUUGAAGAACACUAUAACAGAUUUCACUUGGAGUCUUUGGAAGUCUAAUAUGUUGGAAGAUCAAGCUAGCCCUAUUAGGUCAGCUAAAGAGGACGUUGAUUUUAGGCCAGUUUCAAUCUCUACUGUCACUUUUUCUCUUGAUCAAAUCAAAGAAAUCAAGGCAAAGCUUGGUGCGACGAUUAACGAUGUGAUGGUCGGUAUAAUAUUUUAUGGAAUAAGGCUAUACAUGGAGACCACGAGCAAAGAUUCUGGCAAUGCGCGUGCAACAGCUCUAGUUGUACUUAAUACUAGGGAAAUAACCACAUAUCAAUCAAUCAAGGAUAUGGCGAAACCAGAAACCAAAGGGGCGUGGGGUAACAGCUUCGCUUUUUUCCAUGUCUCUAUCCCUGAUGCCCCAAAUGUUGAUACUUCCGACCCACUGGAAUUUGUAUUUGAAUCUAAGAAAACGAUCACAAUGAAGAAGAACUCCUUAGGCGUUUAUCUAACUGGAAAAUUUCUUGAGCUAAUGAGAAAACUAAGAGGUCCAGAGGAAACUUCGAAAUACAUACGUAACAUCUUCUGGAAGUCAAGCUUGUGCAUAUCGAAUAUGAUAGGACCGCUGGAGAAAAUGUCUCUAGCAAAUCAUCCUGUAAAGGGUCUCUACUUCAUGCCGGUGAAUGAUCCUGUGAGUCUCUUUCUAACAAUGAUGAGCUACUUGGGGAAGAUGAGGAUAGGUGUUGGAGUUGAGAAAGAGUUGAUAAAUCAUAAACUGUUUUGUACUUGCUUAGAGAAGGCAUUUGAGAGAAUUUUUGAAGCUGCUAUGGGCUCAUCAUCAGUUUCCUCGUAGUUCAUUACUUGCUUCACAAAUUUUAAUAUUUAUCUUAAUAAUUGUUAAUCGUCUAUAAUUGUU